AUGUCUCUUCCAUCUUUCGGAUUCUCCACCACCUCUGACGAGGUUGUCGACGCACUUUCUGCCACAAUCUCGGGCAAAAAUGUUCUCAUAACCGGGACAACCCUCAAUACUAUUGGAUUUGAAGCGGCUCGAGCUAUAGCGAAACAUGCGGCGAUAAUUACGAUUACGGGGUAUAACGCGGACAGGUUACAACUAUCCGCGGAAACCCUCAAGAAAGAGGCUCCGACUGCCGUCAUCCGGCAUAUACAGCUCGAUCUUUCUUCGUUGGAUGCAGUGCGGAACGCUGCUGCGCUCCUUAACGAGCAGCCUGAACCCCUUCACGUUCUUAUUCACAACGCUGCACAUACGAAUGGAACGACCACUAUCACUAAAGACGACAUUGAGAUCCAACUCGCGGUGGACCACUUUGCUCCAUUCCUCCUCACCAAAUUACUCCUCGCAAAGUUGCUCCGAUCAGCCUCCGCGGAUUGGACUCCCCGCGUAGUAUAUGUUGCCUCGGAGGUCCAUGCUCUGGGUCCCGGUAUUGACCUUGCGGGCCUUCGCAAGCCUGUGCCUGGGUCAGAGUCGGAAAAGAAUUUGUUUCUGCGCUACCAUGAGGCGAAACAGGCUGUUGUGAUGACUGCGGGCGAAUUGGCAAAGCGUGCAGACGGAAAACUGCGCGUUUACAGUCUCCAUCCGGGACUCAUUUUCACGAACGCGAUGAUGCAGGCGGAGGUUGUCCCGACAAUGAAGGCGAUUGGUGCCUUAAAGGAGGACGGGCAGCCGAAUCCAGACUAUAAAAAGUGGAAGACCAUUCCACAGGGAGCAGCAACGACGAUAGUUGCGGCAUUUGAUCCUCGUCUGGAUGACAAGUCGGGGUCUUACCUUGUUGACUGUGUCGAAGCAAAUGAUCAACGAGCCCCAAAUUGUGUUAAUCCUGCGAACCGAGAGAAGGUCUGGAAGUUGACGGAGGGCAUCAUUGGAGAGAAGUUCGAGCUUUGA